AUGUCACCACGUCCUACUUCCGCUGGCGGCUCGAGAGUCAGAAUCAAAGCAGAAUCGCCCAACUACGAUAGGAAUGAAGGAACGAUGAUGCGGAGACCAAGCGAUGACAGGUCGAUACACGGAUCUCCAUUCCUACAACAGCAACGAGAGGCGAGCAACUUGGAAUUGUUCUACGACCUCUUCUUCGCUGCCAAUCUCACCGUUUUCACGGCCGUCCACGAGGUCCGAGACGGAGACACUCUGAAGCAAUACGUGGGAUUCUUCUGUAUUUUGUGGUUCACCUGGUACCAGGUUGGCCUCUACGAUGUCAGAUUCUCAGCAGAUUCCUUUUUCGAGCGAGCAGCAAAGGCCGUCCAAUUCCUGGUCAUGAUUGGCUUCGCUGUGGUUGGUCCCAAGUACAAUGUAGGAGACGAGGCUGCCGCAGAGUAUGCAGAAGGCGGGAAUGUGGAUACAGAGGCGCCCACCUUGGAGUGGUACUUUAGAUCUCUCACAUUGUACCUCAUGAUUUCGAGACUCGUUCUGGUACUGCAAUAUCUCCAAUCCAUGUGGCUUACUCGACAGUACAAGCAAACGAUCCUGCCCAUGUCGCUCAUCGCAGCAACAUACCUCGCGGCGUCCAUGACCUAUCUCGGCCUCUUUUGGACCUUCAACGCUACCAUGGAGGAGAAUCACACAUACGUGAUAUGGUACAUUGUCGCCAUCCUCGAGACCAUCACCGCCACCACCAUCUCAUCGAUUUGGCGAAACAUUAGCUUCAAAGGCACCCACCUCGUCCAGCGAAUGUCACUUCUCACCCUCAUCAUCCUCGGCGAAGGUGUCAUCGCCGUGGCCACCAAAUCACAACGCAUCGUACAAAGUGAAGGAGCGCUCCGAUUUACACCCGGCACGGUCGCUAACAUCGUCUGUGCCGUGCUCAUCCUAUACUUCAUAUACUGCAUCUACUUUGACGGUCUCGAAGAAGACCACUUUGGCACCAUCAUGCAACAGAUAUGGUCGGUCCUGCACUUUCCCUUACACGUCGCUCUGGUCUUGGCAGUCGAAGGACUCGCCCAAUGCAUCACCUGGGGAGCAGCGGUCGUGCGCGGGAACGACUUCCGUCUCCAGUACGCCACAUGGACAGAGUUACUCGACCAAGGCUACUUUGAAGAAGUCGGGAGUCAAGUGAACGAGACCAGCCAAUAUCUCAUCUAUCGAGGUUUACUCACCUCGUCCACUCUGGCCGAAACUCUCGAAAUGCUCUCGUACGAUCUGAGCAAUGCGGCGAAUGCCUCGGCCGUCAUCGCCCAAGGCGCGCAGAAUCCCCAACUGGCCCGCAACGCUCUCUCCUGGAUUUACUUUGCCCUGUACAAGUCCAUUCUCAACAUUGCCGGAUUCGACUCUCCCAUCAAACGAAGCGAUCUCCACUCGGCUCUUCACAAGGAACUCUCUUCUGCUUCCUCCUCCUCUUCUUCUUCCUCCUCCACUCCCAGCUUCAUCUCCCCCUCAGACCUCUCCAACGACUUCUCCGCCACCAACAACUCCCCCAUCGACUUCUCCGACCUCUCAGCCUUCACCGAAGCCAUCUCCUCCACCUCCACCACUGCCGGAGUCUUCAAUCUCACCUACGUCUACUUCUUCACCUCCAUCGGCACCGUCGUCGUGCUCUGCAUGGCCAUCACAGGAAUGAGCAAUCGUGCCAAAACACCCUUUGUAUGGCUCAAACUCGCCCUGGGCACCUUGGUCGGUGUGGCAUUGUCCUUGUUGAGUUUUGCCGAUUUGACGCUCGAUGGCGUCGAAUUUAUUUAUAGUACGUGGUUAUUGCCCACUGUCGUCGCGUGCGUCGGUGUCGUGGCCGUGUUGCAUGGGUUGCGGGCGGAUUUUUGGGGGACGGGUUUUGCGGGAAAGAGGAUUAGGGGGAGGGGAAGGGGAAGGGGGUGGGCGCGUAGAAGGGAGAGUGAACAGCAGGAGGAGGAUGAACAUUCUAGACAUGAUAGGAAUCAGACGAUGAAAUCUGAGGUUUUUGAAUUGGUGGAGAGGAAGAGUUAG